AUGGUAUUUUAAUGUUGUGUUGCAUGUGGAAGGAAAUCAGAAGGAUUAGUGAAAUUGCUUCCUCAUUUCAAAUCCUCCAGGGAUUACGAGUAUAUCCAUAAAAAGUGCCUAUUAUUUUACAAAUCUGAUUGGAAUAAUCGGUUGGCAGUCAAUGAUAAAUUAUUUUACAAGGAUUACUUGCAACAUUGUUCAAUAUGUGGGAAAAAAAACUAUAAAUAAGUUGUUCAUUGUUCACAGAGUUUAUGUCAAAAGAGCUUUCACUUUGAUUGUGUAGACAACCCUAUAAUAUCUAAGACUGAAGAGAAUGGUCACCGCCCUCCUUAGUUAUUGAUAUUUUGCUCAUACCAUGAUUCAAUCUAAAAUGUUGUUACUGAUUUAGAUGAAGCAGUGAAUUCCCUAUAUAACUCUUACUUAGUUUAGAAGGAAUAAUAGGAAGAACCACAUUCGCAUCAUAGAUCUAAGCAUAAAAAGAAGCACAAAAAGAAGCAUUCCCACAAAAGAUCUCGUUCCCACAGAAAAAAAUCAAGGCGUUCCAGCAAAAAUUUGAAGUUUAGCGAUGGAGAAGAGUCGGAAUCAAAAAAAUCGAUUUCCGAAAUCAUCAAGCCGAUGUAGACUAAUAAAAGUCUUCUAGUUAUUCAGAAAAACAUAAUAACUAAUGAUUUGAUCUGUCAAGCCUAUUCAAGUAAACUGUAGAGCAAGCCUUAGAUAGAGAUAGAGUCUAAGGCACCAAAGACAUUAAAUUAUGAAAUUCAACAUUAAAAUCAUUAAUAAUAGUAACAAAUCAAGCCUUAGAUAUUACCUUAAAUAUAAUAGCCAUUACAACAAUAAUAGAUAUAAAAAGAGAAUCAGAAGAACAUAAUUAUUAAAUAAUAAAUAUUUCCUUAGAUAACUAAAAUUUCUGUGGAAGAUCCAGAAUUUCCAAGGUAAGAGAGAGAAACAAAGAGAGAUUAAUCUAUUGCAAAAUGGUGGGACAAGAUAGAAGAAGUGUUUUUUAAAGGGGAAAAAUAAAUGCCUUUAACUAAAUAAGAAGAGUUCGAAAAUUCAUUUUAAUGGCAUGAACAACCUUUAGAUUAGGAGCUUUUAGAUAUUUCAGAUGCGAGUAAUUUUGUUAAGAUAUCUUUAUAGAGACUCCAUGAAUGUUGUUUUUCGAACUUCACAAUCUUCCUAUUAGUACACUAAUUGUAAAACAAUCUUUUAGAUUCAUACGAUAUAAUCUCACUGAUUAAAUUGGUCGAACGAAUACCAAAGGAUAGAUCCUAACAAAUCUAAGACUUUAUAGAUAUCCAUCAGAAAGUGUCCCUUUUUAAAGAAAUUCGUAAAUUUCUGAAAAUGAAGUAAAAAUAUAAAUUUGCUAAAAAGGAGCCAGUAGGAAAAAGUCUUAUUUUUCAUGAAUCCUGCGAAUUAAGCCAGGAGGAUUUCGAUCAAUGCUUAAUAUUGGAAGAUAAAAUAAAAUCAUAAUACUAACUUUUAGAAUUGUAAUUGGAUAUUGAAAAUGAGACAGUCGAAUAAUUUGAUAUCGUAUAUCAUGCAUUAAAGGAAGAUUUGAACGAAGUAGUUUAGCAAAAUAAUUAAAUGAGAGAAAAUAUAAACAACUAAAUAAUCACUACUAAAGAUCAAUAGACAAUGAAGACACUCAAGAAAAAACAAUAAAUGAUUAUGGAUUUAUUAAAAUGGUCACAGAUUGUCAAAGCCUUUAUUAAUGGAUAUAAGGACAAGCAGAAGGAUAUUCUAAAUACAUUUUACCCUUGUUUAAAUUUAGAUUCUCAAUCCUCAUAAAAAGCCUAGUUAAAAAAGAAGAAAAUUCAUUCCAAAGAAAAUUCAAAACCACUUGAUACUGACUGCAAGAUAUGCUUUGAUUAUCAUUAUACAGAUUUUAAUCCAGUUAUCUAUUGUGGUAGAUGCUCAACAUCAUUCCAUAAAAUUUGUUAUUGUUUUAUAGGAAAUCUUGAUGAAUAAGAUGUCCUUUGUGAUGCAUGUUUAUUUGAAUAAAACAAAUCAGGUACAACAAAAAGGAAUCCAGCAAAAUGUAGGAUUUGCAAAAAAUUAGGGCUUCCUUAAAAACAAAUUGAUAAUCAAUUUUAUCAUGUUUCGUGCUUAUUACUAACAAAUUUAGUCAUUAUAAAAAAAGGCGUUUAUAAAGUGAGAAAUAGUAAGAGUGAUAUUAAGUAAUUCUGUAAGGACAAUGAAACAAGUACUCCUUAAUGUGCUAUUUGUGGCGAUGACAAGGGUAUUGAUUUUUUCAUUAUAGGAUUUCGAUUUACUUGUUUUGGCAAUGAAACAAUCCCUUGUAGACAUGCAUUCCAUCCUUUAUGUGCUUACCUUCAUGGACUAACAAUUGAUAUAGAGAGUGAAGACAUAGAAAAAUGUUUUGCAGAACAAAAGUUUGGAUAAUUGAAUGUUCGAAUUUAAUGUGUGUUACAUUGUGGAAAAGAUUUACAAGAUUUAUUACUUCAAACUUAUUAUAGACGAUUUGCAUUAAAUUAUGAAUCAGCAGCUUAAUGUGGAGGCUAAGAUGUAUUUUUAGAAUAAUUUAAAACAACAAAAGGAUAUAAAUAUUUAUACUCAAAGUAACCAAUAUCGAAGAAUGACACUUUAUAAUCAUAAAUACAUAAUUUGAAUGGAACAACAACAUUGAUGUGA